CCUACCAUACUCCGUACCUACAUAGACACAGUAUUACAGCCCAGAGCACGGUAUCAUCAGGCAGUAAGUAAGUAUCAGGUAGGUAACAGGUCAAAAGUUCAAGCCAAGCGGGCACUGUGAGGGAUCCGGGGCACUGGUAGGUACCCUUGCGCGACCCGCGUUUUGUUUCAAAGCUCGAUGCGCUGAGUGGAUCAGGCGUGUCCAGGCGUGCCCAAGGCCGAUAGUGGCUGCUGCUGGCUGCUGGCUGCUGGCUGCUGGGACGACUGUGUUGACAAAGCUCCAUCUACCCCGCCAAAUGCCGACGCCGUGGAAUGUCAGUCCCGAACAAUUAAUGCCUUGAUAGAUUCGACAUUGCCCAAUCCCGCCUGAUCACUCCUCCGCUUCGUAUCAUCCCACCAGCCGUGCCUUCCUCGUCUAUCUCUAUAUAUAUAUUUCUCUAUCUCUGCGCGCUUGCAGCCAUUGACCGGCUGGCUACAGUGCUCGAACGCGUACCUAGGUAGGCCCUUAUCAGCCUGCAUCUGCGGCAUGGUGUUGGCCCUCUGUCAAUUCUACCUACAUCAUUACCACGAUUCGAGCUGUGAUAUUCACUUUUGAUCCCAAACAACUUCUCUACAGCACGGCAAUUAACAACACUUACGAUGGCCAGCUUUAUCUCCAAUAUGUUUCCCUCGUCUCAGGGCGCAAGAGACAUCCGACCUUCGGACGAGCAUCGUCCAGGCACUCCCACCAAAAACACUUUCAUAGAGCCCGUCUCAACGCCACAAGGUAGCCCAAGCAAGAAGACAAUUCCUCCCGGCGCCCAUGAGCUCCCUGCUGCUUUUGACAAUGCCCUCAAACUUAACCCCCCCGCCCUCGAAAGCCCAGUCAAGCUCAAGCCCCAGGGUAUUGGCACUCCAUUAUUGCCCACCAAGAGCAACAUCCAACCCGCCGAUGAUCCCUUCAUCUCCGCUACCCCUAGCGUCGACAACAGUAUCAUCCACAAAACCGGACAGUCGCCUGACGCUCCCACUAAAAGACAGGGGCAAGAAAACACACCGCCUACACGGUCGUCGCGCAUCCCUAUGCUGAAUCACAACCAAGCCGCCCUAUCUCGCCAUGAAAUGUACCAGCCCCGAGAUAGUAGACCCCACACGCCAACUACCAAGAAGUUCAACACUGCCCGUGGCUUGACCCCAGAGGAAUUGGAAAUCUUGAAAAAGCCUUCUGUCCGUCGUCUAGUGAACGUCACUCAGCUCUACUUCCUAGACUACUACUUCGAUUUGCUCACUUACGUGGGCUCUCGACAAAACCGGCUGAAUGCAUUCAAAGCCGAGAUUCCGCCUCCACCGGAGACAGAUCAAGAAGAAUAUGAUAAGAUGUGGCAAAAGUACGCAGGGAGAGAACGUGCAGCCCUUCGCAAACGUCGGGUGCGGCUCCGGCACGGUGACUUUCAGAUCCUUACGCAGGUUGGUCAAGGAGGCUAUGGGCAAGUGUUCCUUGCCCAGAAAAAGGAUACUAGGGAAGUGUGCGCGUUGAAGGUCAUGAACAAGAAGCUUCUUUUCAAGCUGGACGAGAUCCGGCACGUCCUAACCGAACGCGAUAUCCUAACCACUGCUAACAGCGAGUGGUUGGUUCGGCUACUUUACUCUUUCCAGGACGACAAGAGUAUUUAUCUUGCCAUGGAAUAUGUCCCUGGCGGAGACUUCAGGACACUUCUCAACAACACUGGGGUGCUUUCCAACCGCCAUGCUCGCUUCUACAUCGCAGAAAUGUUUUGUUCCGUUGAUGCUCUUCACAAGCUGGGCUAUAUCCACCGCGAUUUGAAACCUGAGAAUUUCCUCGUGGAUUCCACUGGCCAUGUCAAGCUGACGGAUUUUGGUCUAGCUGCUGGCAAUGUUGCUUCAUCCAAGAUCAACUCGAUGCGUAUUAGGCUGGAAAAGGCAUCCGAAACACAGGUCCCCUUUGGCAAGGCUAUGGAUCAAAGAACGAUAGCCGAACGUCGUGAGGGCUAUCAGACGAUGCGUGAAAACGAUGUGAAUUAUGCCAAGUCCAUAGUAGGGUCUCCUGACUACAUGGCACCCGAAGUCCUCCGGGGGGAGGAAUAUGACUUCACUGUUGACUAUUGGAGUUUGGGCUGCAUGUUAUUCGAAGCUCUUACUGGCUUCCCGCCAUUUGCUGGCUCCUCGGCUGAUGAAACCUGGAGAAAUUUGAAGCAUUGGCGAGAAGUGUUGAAGCGUCCAGUCUGGGAAGAUCCAAAUUACUUCCUCAGCAAUCGCACAUGGAGCUUCAUUACUACCUGUAUCAAUUCACGGUCAAAGCGCUUCUCAGCCAUCAAAGAUAUUUACGAGCAUCCGUACUUCUCUGAAGUCGAUUGGGAAACUCUGCGACAAUCAAAAGCGCCAUUUGUCCCUGAGCUUGACUCUGAAACCGACGCGGGAUAUUUUGACGACUUCAGUAACGAGGCUGACAUGGCAAAGUAUAAAGAGGUCCACGACAAACAACAGGCCUUGGAGAGCAUGGCUGAUCGGGAAGAAGAGAUGGGCAAGGGUCUUUUCGUUGGCUUCACCUUUCGUCAUCGCAAGAAUACUGAAGAUGGUAGCCCGCGUAAACGAAUCCAGACCGAUGGCAGUUUCGGUACAAUGCUCUAAUGCGAGAGCUUUCUGAAAUAAAGACUUAUUGCUUUCGCUGGGAGAUGUUAGUUUGUUUUCUGAGCAUGAAUUGUUAUAUUCAUUUCUUGGGUGGUAUUCUCUGGCACCCAGAGUUCCUAAUGCCUCUUUUUUCUGCCAGACAUACCACAAUGUAGCCAGCAUCCACGCCACGAUAAUGGCGUAAGUUUUUCAUUGUUGGUAACUGCACAUCACGCGCAAUGGAGAAGUGUACAGCCUCCGUGGGCAAUAUUUUGAUAAUUUCCGCAUAGUGUUUGGGAGUUUAGGCGGCCUGGGAAUGCUAGCUUGACAAGAGGGAUACAAGCCUAGCUGUUGGUGAAUGCAUAGGGUGAUAGACAUUGUAUAACAGUGUUGUAUUUCAUGUAGGGAAGCUCAUGCUUCGGUCAAUAACAAGGCAAAUUUGAUUCUUGCAAAUGGACUGCAGGGAAAUUCUACCGCUUUGAAAACGCCAGACACCAAAAUAUUAGGCAAGGCU